AUGACGAAAUCCCUCUUCGAGAAACUAGAAUUAUGCUCUUUAUAUUUAGUUCGUAUUUAUUGUCCGCCGUUAUAUUUUAUAAUAUUCUCAGAAUAUCAAGAAACAAGAAUAUUGAAAGUGUUAUUAGGUUUUAUUGCGGGCUUCUGUUUGGGACAACUUUACUUCAACUUGUUUUUAAAGGACAUACCUUUUCUAAAUGACGCCGGUUUCAUUUUAGGCUUAGUCAUAAGCAUAAUUCUAGGUGUAUCGAUAGCGGUAUCUGUACAAGUGCGUUGUAUUUCGCUCUUGUUACUACCAAUGUAUUGUGGAAAAGCUGGUCGAGGUAUUUUGAAGGCUAUCGUACUGACCUACGUCGUUGCUGGACCAAUAACAAAUAUGGGUUUAAACGCAAAAGAAGUGGUACGAGUUUUUGCUUGCACAACGCAGUUGUCUUAUAAUCUUUCCAAGCAUAUUUAUGCUCAGAGUUAUCAUCCGUUAAACAAAGCUUUGCUGGAUUUCACUAACGAGAUUGUUCAGAUAAAAGAAAAUAUAAGAUCCAUUCGUGAUGUAAUAUCUCCAAUUGAUUAUGAAAUUGAAGGUUUGGUUGGAUUGCAACAGAUGAAAAGUGAAAAUGAUUUUACCGACACUCUAUUUGAUAUCGUCCACGAUACAGACGAAGUGGCGAAAAUAUUCCAAUUGAACCAGUCAACUGAAGAGAUGAAUCCAUAUAUGAAAUUAUAUAUCGAAAAGAUGGAACUACGUUGUGAUAAUCAACUUUCUCAUACAAUUACGAUGUGCAUGGAUAUAUUUUCGUCAGCCUAUGAAUCAUGCAGUAGGAAUGUACCGUCUUACGCUGUUAUAAUCUGUUGGCCGUUGAUGUUGCCUCAUAUCUGUGAUGUGAAACGUUUAAUUAGAAGUGAUAUUUGUAACUUCAAGAAUCAGAUAGACUCUGUUCUUGGAGAAGGAUACACUUACCUGAAGUUAGCUAAAAGAGAAUUGACGACGAAUUUAGACACGAUAAAAUUGCAGCACAAAAUCCAUUAUGAACGAAAGCUUUACGAUAUUCAGGAUGCCAAGGAGACGGGGGAACGUGUACUUCAUGCAUUUGCAGAAAAAUACACCAUUAUGAAGUUCGUCAAUAUUUCGGUCUACAUUUUUUUAGCUCUCUUAUUUCUCCGUAUACCAAUAGCUUCAGCAAAUUAUCAUGAUUUAUAUCUUACUAGUAUUGACUACGACAAUGUUUACAUCACUGAUUAUUUUAAAAGAAUCGAUGAGAAACGAUGGAAGAAAAAUAAAGUCUACGUUUUGCCUUUGAAAAAGAUGGAAAGAAACAGAUACAUAGAUGUUCACUCAACAUCCUACAUACCGUCAGAACGUAACAAGCUCUUGACGCAAAUUCUGAAAGUAAUGCUCGAGGCGGUCACCGCUACGACCUUUGUGAUGUUAGAUAGACUAUUUUAUGAAGCGCUGGACGUAGUGCGGCAGCAUGCGUUAGAAGAAAGUACAACAUUGAAUAUGCAAGAUAUUGCAAUUCAGGUUGAAGGAAAAGGGCCUUUGUCUUCCAUGCUGCGGAAAAUCCUAAGAGAGUUUAACAUAAAUAAAAGGAACAAAAUGGUUUCAAAUGAUGCCUGCGUUCCUCGGCCUCGAGCUAUGCCUUCAAUGUACUAUAUUAAAAUCUAUGGGGGAUAUCUCUGGAUUCUACUCUUACUAUACAUUAAUCCAUUUACGCUUAGAUUGCGGAGACUAAUCUGCAGUUACUUUUACUAUACACGCGAAAAGGAACGCGUAUUACACCUUUACAACGACAUACUUAAGAAACGUCUGAGAAUGCAGAAAACUCUCCGCAAGAAAGCUGUACAGGCUGUUCGCGCCCAUUAUCUGUCUGGCGAGAAUUUACUUAGUAUGAGAAUGAGAUAUCCUCAAUUGUUGGGCUGGCUUGGAAAGUUGUCAGUGGCCAGGAUGAAGUGUUUGAUUUGCGAGGAGACAGAACCCAAAUACGCCACUUCAAUUGAAGUAUGGCACUCGUGUGUAAGCACUAGAUGUCCGUUCGUGUAUUGUAAUGAGUGCUGGAUGGAAGUGGGUUCACAAUGUCUCGCCUGCGACCCCGCCUUAGCUGAGCUGAGCGAUGUGGAUUCCCUUAGCGAUAACAACCCGCCACGAUAUUAA